CACACCAAAUUUCCUUUCGAUCUUUCGAAAUCGUCCCCGCCAUCACGAACUCUCGUCCGACGACAUCACCCGCGCAAAAACCACCACCCUACUUGCCUCUAGACAACCCCGAACGCAAGUCGCAGCAAUGGAGAACGACAAGGGCGAGAUCGUCGAUCUCUACGUUCCGCGCAAGUGCAGCGCCACCAACCGCAUCAUCAAGGCCAAGGACCACGCCUCGGUUCAGAUCUCCGUCGCCAAGGUUGACGAGAACGGCCGCGCCGUCCCCGGCGAGAACCACGUCUACGCCCUUUCCGGCUUCGUUCGCGCGAUGGGCGAGUCCGACGAUGCCUUCAACCGCCUGGCUCAGCGUGACGGUCUCGUCAAGUCCGUCUGGUCCGCCCAGCGAUAAACGCUGAUGGCUGCGACCUCGGGGGAGGAUGGUCUAGUCGUUGCGGUUCGGUCGGUCAACAUCAUGGAUCUAGAGUUGGUUGCAUGGUAUAUCGCCAAUUCGAGGCGUCCGGCUCUCUGCGGAGAGGGAAAUGGCAUAGGAAUGGUUCACGACUACCCAACAAAAUGAAGAUUUUCCGCGUUCGAGAUCAAAAACAGAGACCCAGAAGCAAGGCCCAAACAAAAAAAACCAAGAGUCCAGUGAUCCUCUCUCAAAUUUCGCCCUCGAAGCGACAGACAGCUUGCACGUCCACUACUAGUGCUACUACCACUACAAGACGCCUUCCCACCCCCGGCUAGCGAAGGAUUCUCGUGCCACCCUCGAUGGUCUCCCAUGGUCGAGGAUUCUGGGGCUACUUCGAUAGCCUCCGUGCCGCAGAUUGAUGCAGGCCUUGAAAAAGCCGUGGCGGUUAAGGUGUUCGUCAUGGUACAGAUACGGGUCUUACAUGUCUAGGCGCAGCGGCCGGGCCGUCAAUACGAUUCGAUUUUCAACCCAUUAUGUUCAGUUUUACCGUUUACAACCUGGUCAGGACGGUUCAUUCGGCAAAGCUAGCGAGUGCAGCUGUGGCCUCUCCGGACCGCCCGGCUAGGAAAGUCUGAAGCUUCGACGAGACUUGCAUAUAUUAGUGAAGUGACCAUCAUCUGACGAAGGCCAAAAAGGCUUUCGCCAAAUGUCACAAAUGUACAAGCUAUCACAAGCAGUUACCCGCCCAGUUUGCUGUUCAAACAUAUUCUCAUGAAUUCUAUCGUUUCGUAAAACAUCUAUCCAUAUGCCUCUCACCCCGACUAAAUACC